CAGCUGAUGACAGGAUGGCUGAAAAUCUACGCAACCAGAUAUGAAACCGCAACUGCCAAAACUGUCAGUUAAUUUGGUUGCUAGGCAACAGUGGCACAGUUGCUGUACUGUAGGGUGGUUUUGCUGUGUGUGUGUGUGUGGAGUGAGACUAUGGAGCUUGCCUAUUUAUAGUGGGCAGGGGGACUGAAAUCUCAGUUUUAAUUGGCUAAAGGUCAAAAUUCCGAUGUCUACCAUUGGGCAGAAGUCAGAGAUGGAAGGGAAGGACGGUCAGCUGAUACACAACUAUUAGCCUAUCCAUAUUCAAUAGUCCAUGGAGAUGGAAAGAUCCCGGGGAUGGCUUGCUAAACCACGGAGCAGCGGGUCUCAGUAGUUUUUGGACUACAACUCCCAUCACCCCCAGCGACAAUGGAAUUUUGGAAAUAAGCCAAUCAGUAAAGGAAUUCCGAACACCCUAACCCAGCUCCUAACAUCCCUAACGUAUUAUUAUACCAUAUUUUCCUAUUAAGAUUAAGAAGCGAAAUUUCCAAAGCAGAUGUUAUGGGUGUCGAGCAAAACUUAAACCAGCACCUCCUUUUUUUUUUUUUUUUAGAUAUUUACCACCACCGCCUGCAUGCUCUCCUUUACAGUUUUCCGUUCCAGCGGGAGAUAAUUUAAAAAACUCUCUUACGCAGCAUCCAACCUAACGUAGCUCGGCGCAUGCCCAGUGCAACAACGUGUAGCUAUUACCCUUCCUUUGCUGUUCCGAUUUCCUCAUUCUAUUCCAGACUCUCCCCACACUUCUCCUACUGGCAACUCAGAGGAAGGCGAAAGGGUGUUGACCUCAGUUCUGCUAAUGCGCAUGCGUAGCACCAAUCCUUUACCACUGCUGGAGGUGGGAAUACACUCUCACACAGCGAACUCUGUAUUUGCUGUCCUGAUUGGUUCCCUUCCGGGAGGACCUCCGCCUUUGUUCUUCCAAUCUCCGCUGCACAACAUACCUAUUUGUAUGCGCAGCGGGGAAUUCCCCCUCCCUUGUAAGGGAGUUACUUCAAAGAAAGGUGGAAGGAGGUUCUCACGCCCUUAUUGGAUCAACUUCCAUUUUUUAAAGCAAGGAGGAGGAGUUAUUUCUCUUCUUCCCCGCUGCUAGAGACUUCUUCUUUGUUAAGAAGUUAACAGCAUUAUCUCUCACAAGCGCAGGGUCGAGAGAGAACAGGAGCAACCAGGUGUGACUAAGGAUAGAUCAGCCCCUGUUCUCUCUCCGUCGCCGUGCUGGUGGCACGGAAAAUGACCAUCGUCGUGACAGGUUGCAUGUGCUUGGAAGGAGGGUCUGUACAUUGCAAGAACCCCACAGCGGUUCUGUGUGUGAGUGUCCUUGAAAUUGCGUGAGUGAAGGGAAGAUCCCGCUCACUGAGGGCUGGAUUAUGCACUGCAAAGGCUGAAAAACAGGUUCCCCCCUCCCUGCGUUGUGUUUGGGGGAUGCUUGCUACCUAUUCAGAGUUCUUCUACAGUCUAUGUACAUCUUAAGAAAUUUGCAUGGAAAGAAAGAUUAAAGACUGUCUUCAAAUUCUCAUUUAGACAGUGGUAUGACUGAAGGAUGCCUCAAGUCUAGACCAAUGGUGGGAUCUCUAAUUUUAAUUUCUCUUCAAGGAAAUCAAAUAUGGAAUCCGAUCAGCUGUGUAAGAGACAAGUUCUUGCUAGAUUCCUCAGGAAAGAUGUUUUAUUCAGUAGUGCUUUCAUAAUCAGGCUUGCGCUGGUCUUCUAUGGAGUUUAUCAGGACAGAACAAUGUUGGUCAAAUAUACAGACAUUGACUACCAAGUAUUCACCGAUGCAGCAAAAUACAUCACAGAGGGAAAAUCUCCGUACCUAAGAGCUACUUACCGUUAUACUCCACUCCUGGGCUGGAUCUUAACACCAAACAUUUAUGUUGCUGAUCUGUAUGGAAAGAUUAUCUUUGUUGCUGGGGAUAUAGUUGCUGCAUACCUCAUGUACCAAAUUUUGUUUCUCAGAGGGCUGGACAGCAGGAAGGCAUGUGGGUGUUGUGCAUUCUGGCUCCUCAAUCCCCUGCCAAUGACUGUAUCUAGCCGAGGAAAUGCAGAAUCUCUUGUCGCAAGCCUCGUCCUUGGCACCAUGUAUUAUAUGGAAAAGAGAAACCUAAUGAAAGCAGCAGUUCUUUAUGGCCUAUCUGUACAUAUGAAAAUUUACCCUGUGACUUAUGCGUUGCCAUUAGUUCUUCAUUUGCAAAGUAACCAAAAUGAUGAGAGAGGAGAAACAGGUGCUUUUCCUUUAAAGAAGCAAAAAAUGCACUUUCUGAAUGACUUCUGGUGGCUUUUCUUAAGGCUCUUGAAUUUUGAUGUUCUGCUUUUUGGACUUGUGGCUAGUUGUACAUUUGCUGCCCUUGGCCUUAUGUUUUAUUCCUAUUAUGGCUGGGAAUUUUUGGAGCAUACAUAUCUCUACCACUUGACCAGGAGAGAUAUUCGCCACAACUUCUCACCCUAUUUCUAUAUGCUGUACUUGACUGCAGAAAGCAAAUGGAGUUUUCUCCUUGGACUUGCAGCUUUCCUUCCUCAGCUCCUGCUGCUUCUAGUGAUUUCCUUAGCUUAUUACAAAGAUCUUGUUUUCUGCUGUUUCCUGCACACUGCUGUUUUUGUGAGUUUUAACAAAGUGUGCACCUCCCAGUAUUUUCUGUGGUACCUUUGCCUCCUUCCACCUGUAAUGCCUCUUUUGAAGAUGUCCUGGCAGCGGGCUGCAUUGCUUCUGCUGCUGUGGCUUAUUGGACAGGCCCUUUGGCUUGCACCUGCAUACUUUCUAGAGUUUAAGGGGCAGAACACUUUCUUGCUCAUAUGGUUAGCAGGGUUGUUCUUCCUCUUCAUCAACUGUGCAGUCCUUUAUCAGAUUAUUUCUCACUAUCAUACUCAGCAGAUACCCAGCAAAAUAAAGCAACAGUAAGGCUUGCCUUGUUGGGCAGGUGACAUCCUGUAGGUAUUACCUGAGUGGAGUUAGUCACUUGAACAAGACUGGGUAACAACCAUGAUCUUAAAUUGCUGCUUUAAUGACUGUGAAUCCUGUUUUUCAGUACAUUGACCAAGUAUGGAAAUAAGCCACUAUUUUAGUGAGAUCUCCUUCAAAUCUUUACGAAGUGGUGGGUUCUUGUUUGUACUUUUGUUUUACUGGAAAGCAAAUGUUUAACCAUAUUAAAUAAUGUGCAUCAACCAUUUUA